CUGCGGAGUGGGCGCGGCGCGGCGGAAGGCGGAAACGGAGGAUGGCGGCAGGCGCGCAGCUGGCGGCCAUCGCGCUGUUGCUGCUGGCGGGGGUCGGCCCACGGCUGGCCCCCGCCGAGCUUACGGAUGGCAACAGCGAGCACCUGAAGCGCGAGCACUCGCUGAUGAAGCCGUACCAGGGUGCAGGCUCCGCCGCGAUGCCGCUGUGGGACUUCCAGGGCAGCACCAUGGUUACCAGCCAGUACGUCCGUCUGACGCCUGAUGAACGCAGCCGGGAGGGCUCCAUCUGGAACCGCGUGCCCUGCUUUCUGAAGGACUGGGAGCUGCACGUCCACUUCAAGAUCCACGGCGCUGGCAAGAAGAAUCUGCACGGGGAUGGCCUGGCCCUGUGGUACACGCAGGAGCGCCUCGUGCCAGGUCCUGUUUUUGGCAGCAGGGACAAUUUUCAUGGGCUGGCUAUUUUCCUCGAUACGUAUCCCAAUGAUGAAGCAACAGAGCGUGUGUUCCCCUACAUCUCUGCCAUGGUGAACAACGGCUCCCUGACUUACGACCACAGUAAGGAUGGGCGCUGGACGGAGCUGGCAGGAUGCACUGCUGAGAUUCGGAACCAGAAUCAUGACACUUUCCUGGCAGUUCGGUACUCCCGAGGUCGCCUGACGGUGAUGACAGACGUAGAAGACAAGAACGAAUGGAAGAACUGCAUUGACAUUGCAGGGGUACAGCUGCCCACUGGCUACUUUUUUGGUGCUUCUGCAGGCACUGGAGACUUAUCUGACAAUCAUGACAUUAUUUCAAUGAAGCUAUUCCAGCUCAUGGUGGAGCAUCCCCUGGAAGAUGACACUGUUGACUGGACAAAGAUUGAGCCUAGCGUCAGUCUCCUUAAAUCUCCCAAAGACAAUGUGGACGACCCGACGGGGAAUUUCCGCAGCGGGCCCCUGACAGGCUGGAAGGUGUUCCUGCUCCUGCUGUGCGCGCUGCUGGGCAUCAUUGUGUGUGCUGUGGUGGGAGCUGUGGUCUUCCAGAAACGCCAGGAGCGGAACAAGCGUUUUUACUGAUGGAAGAACCGGGCUGCGGUGCCCGACCCGUUCCUUUUCUAUGGGGAGCUGUACAAACUGUGGUUUCUAAAAGCUGUUUCCGAGAAAUACAAGAAGUAUUUUCUUAACUGUC